CCAUCAUCGACAACUACUCCUGGCAUACCAUCCAACACGAUCUCGAAGAUGCACUCCAGGGCAAUUCGCUGCAAAAUGAAGAUAUUGAAGACUCGUUUUGGGCCUGGGCACACUCUCAACAUGCGGUUGAUGGCGGACGGCGUUAUGGUAUCGGUCCGAAACAGCAAGGAAAUGGCGAACACAUGAAAGGAGAGGGGAAGAACGGUCAUUUAAAUGAAGCCAGCUUUCUGGACGGAGGAUGGGGUAUCCAGCAAGAGCUGAUGGAAUUGCGGACUGAUGCAGAGGUGGUAAGCCAGCUGUAUCACGAUGAUGUUCACAAAGCAAUUCGGUCAGAGCCCGGGGGACUUCAUCGUCACGGCCCUUUUCACUGCUCUCCAAUCAAUGAGGAAAAUCGACGAUGGGGUGAAUUUCGCUACCAUUUCCAACGCAAGAUUGUGUGGGAAUCCGGGCAAAUUCCCAAGGGCGAUAGGGUGCUUUGAUACAGUCGGAUGCCCAUACACUUUGAAGGAGCGAGGAGAAACUGGCGUCGACUUGCUAAUAAGAGUCAAAGACAAGAACUUGGGCUAUCCGAAGAACCUUCCAGAUGAAAUUGCCCGCGAUGCUGAGAAACAUAUUCUUGUUGGUAUAGGAAGAUUGCAGAAGCAGUUUGACCCGCCACAGAAUGCGCAGCAUCUAGUUUUGUCGCAACAAUAUUUUAGUACCCUCCCGCCAGCUUGCCUCCUCUAUGUGCAACCGUUCUGGGAGGGCGAACAGGUAAAGCUUCAGUUAAGGUGUAGGGAGCAAGAUUUCACUGAAAAUGAACUGGGUCAAAUCGCUGGGACUUUCCGCGCUACGUUAAAGGAGUUGAUAGCCGAAUGUCGGCUCAGCGAUCUUCGUGUCACGCCGAGUGACUUUCCGUUGCUCAAUCUGACUUAUGUAGAACUUGAUGAUCUUGUUUCAACCCGUCUGAGUCGUGUUUCGCCCCAGCCUCUACGAGAUACAGACGCAAUUUUUGCCUGCACACCAAGACAGGAAGCCAUGCUUGUGGCGCCGGCCAUCUAUCCUGAAUUAUACCAAUGCUCUUUUGUGGUUAGAAUUCGUCUGCCCGCCAUUGAAACCUCCCUGGACUUCUCGUGUCUUCGUGAAGCAUGGGGUAUUCUCGUGCAGCGUCACGAAGCUCUCCGCACCGUCUUCAUUGAAAGUUCAAAUCGACCAGGGCACUUUGACCAAGUUAUAUCGAGGAAUGUGCCAAACCCAUUGGUCUUUAUUGGGGAUGGAGAUGAAUCAAUUGCUCAUCAUAUUUUACCACGCCGCCCUGUUGUUUUCCCAAAUUAUAAAGCGACCCAUCAUGCCAUGCUAUGUAAAACAUCAAAAUCAUCUGCUUAUCUCCGUUUGGAUAUGUCGCACGCCAUUGUGGAUGGCCAGUCCGCCGAAGUCCUUCUGCGUGAUCUUUCUCGGAUAUAUGGCAACCAGAGCCUUGACACACAUGUGAUGCCAUACUAUGACUUCGUCAAUUGCCAACAACAGUUGGUGGAAGACACUUCAGUGGCUUACUGGUCGAAGUACCUCGCAGGGGCUGAUCCUUCAUACUUCCCGAUAAAUGGUGACCAGUCUGAUCGUCGGGACCUGGGGACAGUUCACCAAGAAAUGAAAAUUAAACCUGGAUUGCUGGGGGAAUUUUGUGGUAGUUUGAAUAUUACAGUGGCUAACAUUUGUCAGGUAGCAUGGGCGUUGGUGCUGAGGUCAUCUACGGGCCUGGAAGAUAUCUGCUUCUCCUACGCAACAUCUGGACGAGAAGCGCCACUGAAAGGUAUCAAUAACACCGUUGGAGCAUUCUUGAAUGCAGUGAUCUGUCGGAUCCAAGUGCCAAUGACGGCAAGUGUCCCACAGGUUCUGCGAAAGGCAAAAUUCGACUUCGUAGACAGUCUACAACACCCACACUUUUAUGCCACUGAUAACAACAUACAAAGUGGACAAUUUGGCCGCCUGAAAAGCAACACACUAAUGUCAUGUCAGAGGAAGGUGACUGCCAACACAGCAUCGACGCCGGAGGAACGCCGUCACGUCCAAACUCCUCACUCCAACCCGACCCAACUUGUCCCAAUCCUCGCCACCCAUUCUGCAGUAUAGAUGUGGGGAUGGCUAGUAUGAUAUGUCAAUCAAUAUCCAGAUUGACCCUGAGGAUAUAGAUGUCAGGAUUGACUACUGG